UCUUUUUUUUUUUUUUGGUAUUUUGUUGAUGUUGCAAUCUUUUUUUUUUUUUUUCUUUAGAUCUUUUGGCUUCUUUGGCUUGAAUUUGGAGAUCUCUGUGUUGGUUUUGUGGUGAUUAGAUCAGGAGGAUUUUAGCUGUGCUCAUUUGGCUUUUUAUUGUUUUAGCAUUUUGGGUUUUCUUUCUCUAGCAACUGUGCUUUUUGCUGUUUCUUUGAAGUUAACGUUUUCUGGUAAUCUGAAAUGGUGAACAGCAAAGAUUUGUAGUUUUUGCUGAAUUUGUGGGUUGUGAAGUGCACUGAGAGUGUAAUUUUAGUUUGUUUGAUAAAAUUGAGCGCUUUAUUUUGUAUAAUUUGAUUUCAUGAAAAUGUUGGCGAGGCAUGAUAAUUAUGCUUUGAAGAAGGGUGGUAAAGUCCCAAACUUCGUAAACAUCUAAAGGAGGGUAUAUUGAUUGUAUGGGUAAAUGGCGAAUACAGAAAUGGACAUUCAUGUAUGUUGUAUUAAUUGUUCUCUACGACGCCGACAUGUGUCUUGGCUGUCAUGUUCCCAUUAAGUUUGUAGAUUCACGUGAGGUGACAUGGAAUUUGAUCGCUGAUUUGUAGUCUUAACUCUGAGUGGGAAUUUAAUCAAAUAUGAUCUACUAUAUCUAUGUUUCUGCCUUCUUUUUUUAAAAAUGUUUUGGCUGCUGAUCAAAUGAGUUUGUUUAUAACUAGAUUUUAGGCAAUUUAAUCCAUGUUUGCGGGACUAGAAUUUUCUUAUGAUUUGUGUUUUAGUGUAGCUAGAACUUCCUGAUGUUUGUUUAAGUAAUUUCUUGAAUUUUGAUUUGAGGAUCUCUUUUAGGGGAGAUGUCUGUAAUCAUUGUUAGCUUUCUGCAUAAGUUGGCGUAAAUACAUUAUAGCAAAUACUGUAGGAGGCAAGGGAACAUUAGAAGCCUUUUGGUGCUUGAUUCAUGCAUCUUCUAUGCUGUCUACUGUUCUAGAGAAUAUGGGCUUACUCUGCAGCAAGAACCGUCACUAUACUGAAGCAGAUGCUGAGGAGAACGCACAGGCUGCAGAAAUUGAAAGGAGAAUUGAACAAGAAACAAAGGCUGAAAAGCAUAUCCAGAAGCUUCUACUACUUGGUGCUGGUGAAUCUGGGAAGUCAACAAUUUUUAAGCAGAUAAAACUUCUGUUCCAAACUGGCUUUGACGAGGCAGAGCUAAAGAGCUAUAUCUCAGUCAUCCAUGCUAACAUCUAUCAGACUAUAAAAGUAUUAUAUGAUGGAUCAAAGGAGUUUGCUCAAAAUGAUUCAGAUUCUUCCAAAUAUGUUUUAUCAUGUGAAAAUAAGGUAAUUGGAGAGAAACUAUCUGAAAUUGGAAGCAGGCUGGAUUGUCCACGUCUAAGUAGAGAACUUGCACAGGAGAUAGAAACUCUCUGGAAAGAUUCUGCAAUUCAGGAAACCUAUGCUCAUGGUAAUGAACUUCAAGUUCCCGAUUGUGCAAGUUACUUCAUGGAAAAUUUGCAACGGUUUUCUGAUGCAAAUUAUAUUCCAACAAAGGAGGAUGUUCUAUAUGCGAGAGUUCGUACAACUGGUGUUGUAGAAAUCCAGUUCAGCCCUGUGGGGGAGAAUAAGAGAAGUGGUGAAGUAUACAGACUCUUUGAUGUGGGAGGCCAAAGAAAUGAGAGAAGGAAAUGGAUCCAUCUUUUUGAAGGAGUUACAGCUGUUAUCUUUUGUGCUGCUAUUAGCGAGUAUGAUCAAACUCUCUUUGAGGAUGAACAGAAGAACCGGAUGAUGGAGACAAAAGAACUAUUUGAUUGGGUCUUAAAGCAACCAUGCUUUGAGAAAACGUCCUUCAUGCUGUUUCUAAACAAAUUUGACAUAUUUGAGAAGAAGGUUCUAAAAGUUCCACUAAAUGUAUGCGAGUGGUUCAAAGAUUACCAACCAGUUUCUACAGGGAAACAAGAGAUUGAGCAUGCAUAUGAAUUUGUAAAGAAGAAAUUCGAGGAGUUGUAUUUUAAAAGCACGGCCCCUGAUCGAGUGGAUCGGGUCUUCAAGAUUUACAGAACCAGUGCCCUUGACCAGAAGCUUGUGAAGAAAACUUUCAAGCUCGUGGACGAGACUUUGAGGCGAAGAAAUCUCUUCGAAGCUGGGUUGUUGUGACCGCAGCAACCCAAUUGCAAAGACUGUUCAUAACAUGAAGAAUGUGAUAAGAUUUUGGAUGCUUUAAGGUUAAAAGGUCAUUUUUUUUUUUGUUUUCCUUUUUCUAGAAAAAACCCAAUGAUUUUAGAGACUGAUUUGUUCAGAGCAAAACAUUCCCCCGAGAUUGUUUUUUCUUGUCUGUUUCUUUCGUUCUUUCGGGGUGGGGGAUGGGAUCAGACAUUUGAAGGAACAAUGAACAUGAUAUUCUUUCUAUCCUAGUAAUACAACUCAUUGUUUAUAAUAUACUAAUAUUUGUAAUUACAGGAAUGUUUCCCGCAUGUUGUGACGGUAAAUCUGAUAAUUU